GUUGACCAUCUCUAAGUGUGUUUUUCAACUGGUGGCUAAGAAGUUUUGUUUAGAAGUUUCAUAAUUUAAUAGAAGAUCAGUUUAACAUGAAGGAUCACCAACAAACAGCGGCGGAUAAUGAAACGGAUAAAGGGGAUCCCGCUGAGGACGACGCUAACGCCGCACAAUCUACCAAACAACUUAAAGCUCUGGAAAAAUUCAUGGAUCUAAAUGAUCAGCAAUUGUCAGAAAAGAAGUCAACAGGCUCAGCAAGGCCAGUCAAAAAGGCGACUCCUAUGGAAUUGGACAUCUAUGACGAUUUGGACGAGUUAAAACCAAGUGAUUCAACAGGCAAGAAAGAUACGUCCCUUAAUUUGGACAUCUACAAUGAUUUGGACGAGGUUAAGGAAAAAGAUUUACCAAAGUCGGAAAAAAGGGAUAUAUCUCUCGAUUUUGCCAUGUACGACGAUUUAACUGAGAUAAAAUCAAAAGAACCAUUAAAGCUAGACGAAAAGUCUAAAACUUUGGAGUUGGACAUUUACGACGAUUUGGAUGAUUUUCAGGAGGCCGAGGAUCAAAAAACUAAAGAGCUGCAGGAAUGGGAAGCUAAAUACGAAAGGGCGCAGGCCGAAAUCCAGGAACUUAAGACUGAAAACAAGGCGCUAGGAAAGAAGAUUAAAGUCAUGGAGGUGAAUCUUCAAAAUCUGCUGGACACCGCAAAGGCGGAGGUGAAGAGAAAGGAAGCCCUGAUUGCCCAGCUGCGAAAUGAAAAGGACGACUUGUGUUUCAGACGAAAGCGAGGACGUGCGGUAGAGGAAUCAGAAGAAAAACUCCAGGAAAGUAAACGCCCAAAAGAAUCGCUGUCAAGAACGGUUGCCAAGAAUGACGCGGAAAAGGAUAAAAAUCCAUUUAAGACGUUCCCAAAAGAUCACGAUGUCAAAAAGGCGCCCGCAAAAGAAGACACCAAGAAAUCGGACAGCCGAAGAAGCAAGUCUCCUAAGACCAACGAACGAAGAUCCAGCACGCACUCUCGUCGCCCAGAGAGCCGCAACAAGUCCAAAGAUCGGCACCGCAGCCGCAGUCGGAGUCCAAAACACACAGCAAGGCGGGAUCAGCAGCAGAGCAGGGAGAAUAGUUCCAGGCAGAACAGAAAGCGAAGCCGUACUCCGUCGCCCAGAAAUCAUUCUUCAAAAGAAAAAUCCCAAGCCAAGACGACCAUGCAUGGCAAUAAAAAAAAUGAACUGCAUGCUGAUGAGAUGACCCAAAUGGAAACUGAAUUGGCGCUGUCAAGGAAAGUCGUGCCCAAGUUAACCGGCAGUAAUACUUCAGAAAUCAAAAAGAAUUACUCAUGCGAACCAAAAGAACAAUGCAAAGAAAUUGCUCAAAACACAAAUGGAUUCUUCUCUGAAGUCUGCAAACCAACACAUGAAAAUAUUCCGGGGUUAGACUUUACUUCAAAACCAGUAGCUGCGGAAUCUGUCAAUUUCACCAUAAAGGAAACAAAGCCUGUGAAAAAACAUGAUAAUAAUCGAUCAAAAAAUGGCAAACAAGAUAAAUCAAAGGAUUCAAUUCAAGGCUUGGAUCUGGAAGGUCCUAAAGAUGGGGAAAAGAGAAAAGAAAGCUCAGGAAAACAUUCCAAAACUAAAGUGCUGCAGUUGGACCAUCUGGAACGCCAUGAAAAGCAAGCAAAAAACCCAAACACCAAAUUGGAUAAAGAAUCGAAUAAUACUCAUGAAGAUUUUGACAAUCCUGCGGCAACAAACGAAGGGAUUAUCGAUCAGGCAGAACCAACUAAAACUAGUCAUGAGUACAAUGAUAAUUCAAAAACGUCUUCAGGAAAACCCAAUUGCUCACCGACUGAAAAUCAUUCGGAACUUAAGAGCGAUGUUGAAUCAGAGGUCGGAGUCCGAAUAAUAGAGGAUAUUCGAUUGCCAAAGAUAGCAGAUAUCGACCAUAUUGCUCUUAAGGUCGACCAACAAUGUAGGGAUCAAAUGACAAUCGCGAAUUGCGCAACAAAUGAACCGAGCUGCGGUUUAGUUGACAAAAUAGAGCAAGACCUUGUUCCUUCUUUGGAGGAGUCAAAUGAACCAACUCCCACCAGCUCUUCGGACGAUGCUCCCUUGAAAUCUGCCACUGUUUUAUACGCCAAGCCCGACUCGACGAAGUUGGACCACAACGAUGAAAACGACGAGAUUGUUCUGGAAGCGGCUAUGGACUUGCUAACGAACGAGCAGGAUGCUCCAAUUGUAGCGGCUCCUACCUAUCCAAAUUUGAGUAUCGAAGAAGAUGCCAUUGAGAUGGCAUUGGAACAACUGCAUCAGCAGUCACCAGACGAAACUGUGGUGACCUCAACAUCAAAUAGAGCUUCGCAGGCGCAAAGCCUAAAGGCGAUCCUAAGCCAAUCUCCCACUCAGCGCAGUCCGUCAAAGUCCAAGGUGAAAUCUGCGAAGACAUCACCCUUGGUGUCCCCAAUAAAGACGGCGACUGAGAAAACACCGCUUAAAAAGCGGAAAAUUAACCUGGAGAGUCCGACUGAACCAUCGCCCGUUGUCCGACUGGAUUUCUCGGCGGUGAGCCAGGAUGUCACCAUUGACGAAACGUUGCAAAGCAGCUUGGGUGAAGAUCCCUCAACGGUGACAAAGCGUUGUUCUUUAGGCCAUACUGACUACCAGUACGAGCAAGUAAACGACGAGGUCAUAUUGCGAGUAAAACGGCGCUGUCGACGCCGACGACCGACGCCAAUGGAAAUACAAACGGGCGACAAACCUAUAUAAAUAAAUAAGUCGUUUAUAAACGUU